AGACAACUAAAAGAAAAUUGAAAAAAUUACUGAAAAUUCGAUUGUUGUCCCCCAAAAGGCACAAUUAAAAUCAUUCCCGCGGCAAAGUUAGUUGUCACGGGCACCACAACAGCGCUGUAGUCGAAACGUGCGUGUGACAAACGUCGGAAACGCGCGACGCAAAAUCCAAAAAAAUAGCUCACGAAUUCGCAAAUCAACAUUUAUUAAUUAGCCUUGUGUUGUGAUGAUCAGACUGAUCAAGUUUUUUUGAGGUUACGCCACCGGUAAACAAAAAUGAAUUUCUUCAACCCCGCGACGACCCAAGCAGCCACUCCAGGGGCAACUACCACAGGUGUAACAGCAGGAAUGACUGGAGGUGGUGAUGCCAGCAAAACUCUCCCCACUGCGUUCUCCUUACCAGGAACACAGCCCCAGGCAAAUCCGGGGGGAUUUAUCGAGGGGUGUUUUCCUGGGGGAUUUCUCGGUGGUGGAUUGACGAGUACACCAGCUUUAAACUUCAGAGCAACUCCAGCAGCCGCUACAGCUACUCCAGCUGCUCCAGCAGCAACUCCUGGCUUCAAUUUUGGUGGCACAUCGACUCCAAAUACUGGACUGUCUUUUGUUCCAAAGAGCACUGCAGCUCCAGCUUCCACCGGAUUCAGUUUAGGAACUCCUGCAGCCAGCACAACAGCCUCGACUCAACCCCUGACCUUCGGAGCAACUCCAACAUCAACCCCAGCAACGACUGGCUUCACUCUAGGUGGAAGCACCCCUGCGACAGGUGGACUCAGCUUUGGACUUGGAGCUUCGACUCCUGCAGCAGCUCCUGCAACCACUAGCCUCACCUUGGGGACUCCAGCAUCGAGUGCAGCGUCUGGGUUCAGUCUCACAGCUACCACGAGUGCCCCAACUUCCUCGACGUCGUUCUCUCUGGGGACUACAACCCCUGCCACAACUUCCUCACUCGGAUUCAGUCUCCCAGGGACUACCUCCACUGCUAGCACCGGAUUCAGUCUGGGUAGCACUGCUCCCACAUUGACUGGAGGUUUUUCCUUAGGGAAAACCACUGCUCCCACUAUCACUGCUACAGUGACGAGCACUACUGGAUCUCAAGUGUCUUUGGGGAGUGUUACAACGGUUACAUCAUCAGCAGGGGCUGCACAAACUGGUGGAAUGAACUUCUGUCAGCUUGAAGAGGCAAUAAACAAAUGGACCCUUGAGCUGGAAGAACAAGAGAAAGCUUUCGUCAAUCAGGCAACCCAAGUGAACGCCUGGGAUAGGCUCCUCAUCGCCAAUGGCGAGAAGAUAGUGACUCUGAAUGAAGAAGUAGAACGAGUUAAACUGGAGCAGCAGCAGUUGGAGCAGGAGUUGGAUUACGUCGUCGGUCAGCAAAAAGAACUUCAGGAUUGUCUUGUCCCUCUUGAGAAGGAACUGGCAUCGAUAUCUGUUUCUGAUCCGGAGAGGGAGUACACUUACAAUCUCGCUGAGAAUCUGGACACUCAGCUGAAGCAGAUGUCUGAGGAUUUGAAGGAGAUUAUCGAGCAUCUGAAUGAGGCCAAUCGUGCGCAGGAUUCUAGUGAUCCAAUUGUCCAGAUCGGGAAGAUUCUCAAUGCUCAUAUGAACAGUCUACAGUGGCUGGACCAGAGAACGGAGAUUUUGGGACAGAAGAUACAGCAGAUCGAUCAGAUGCAUCAGAACUUCAGACAGGAGAACGAGCGGAGUUUCAGUCUUGCUUACAAUUGAUUUUUUUUAUUGUUGAUAGUAUGAUUUAAAUUGGAUUUUCAAGAAUUGCUCGUAAUAAAAUUUUCUCAGACUUUGAA